AUGGCCGCCCCCAUGCCCCAGCCCCAGCCCGGCUGGAAGCGCAAAGGCAAGGCCCAGUACUUGCCGGCGAAGCGGGCGCGGCGCGGCGAGGGCGGCGGGCCGCGGCAGCUGGAGCCCGGGCUGCAGGGCAUCCUCAUCACCUGCAACAUGAACGAGCGCAAGUGCGUGGAGGAGGCCUACAGCCUGCUCAACGAGUACGGCGACGACAUGUACGGGCCCGAGCAGUUUACAGACAAGGACCAGCAGCCUUCAGGAAGAGAGGGGGAAGAUGACGAUGUGGAGGCAGCUUUGAAGAAAGAAGUUGGUGACAUUAAGGCAUCUACAGUACUAAGGCGAAGGAGAUUCCAGUCUGUGGAUAGUGGAGCAAAUAAUCUUGUUUUCAUCAGGACACUUGGAAUCGAACCUGAGAAAUUGGUGCAUCAUAUUCUCCAGGACAUAUACACAACCAAGAAGAAGAAGACUCGGGUUAUUCUGCGAAUGUUGCCCAUCUCCGGCACAUGUAAGGCUUUCUUAGAAGACGUCAAAAAAUUUGCUGAAACGUUUAUGGAGCCCUGGUUUAAAGUUCCAAACAGUGGGACAUUUCAGAUUGUAUACAAAUGUCGAAAUAAUAGUCAUAUGAAGAGAGAUUUAGUGAUCAAAGAAUUGGCAGGAAUAAUAUGCAGCCUCAAUUCAGAAAAUAAAGUGGAUCUCACCGACCCAGAGUAUACAGUGGUCGUAGAAAUUAUUAGAGCAGUCUGUUGCCUGAGUGUUUUGAAAGAUUACAUGUUGUUCAGAAAAUACAAUCUCCAGGAGGUGGUGAAGAUCGGGAAGGAGCCGUCACAGCCGGCAGUGCAAGCAGGAAAUGGGGAUGAAGCGAAGUUGGAAUCUGAGGACCAAUCAAGUCAGAACGAUUCAGCAGAUGGGAAAAAUAGCCAGCAGGUGGCAGCAGAGAAUACUGAGGAGCCGGGGGAGACCAGACCAAUGUCCGAGACCACUGUGAUAAGCACGGAAGAUAAGCCUGAGCUUGUAAGUCAAGCUCCAGAAGACUCCAAGACUAAGGAAAAUGACCUCAAAUAAGAAAAAAUGGAGGUGGAGGGAGGUUUCUCGACUGCAGUUGUGUGAGAUGUUGCUAGAGCUCUCUGUACAAUUGCUACUGAAGAUAACGGUUUGGAACUUAAUUUGCUACGUAUGUCAUUCUCCCAGAAGGUGAGGCGUGAUUGAGGCUCCGUGAACAGUUUUCUUAGAGCUCUUUUACCCUGCGUGGUGUGUGCAGUAGGCUUGUAUCACUUAGCUAGGAGAAACUUCACAGUUGGUGGCCGUGAGAGCAAAACAAAGCUCGGGAAUAGAAACUGAGAGGGAAGUUUUCAUUCUAAGGAAAGAUACAUAUAUAUUUUUAAGACAGAUUUUUACUUAGCCCAGGUCAGCUAUCCCCUACCACUUUCUUGUAAGCCUUGUAAAAACAUGGGCAUGGAUAUAGGUGAAGUGAAUUGUUUUCAUGAAGAUUUUGUACUUUUCGUGUGUGUGAUUUUCUUACUGCCCACUUUUCUUAUGUUUUAUUACAUUUGUUACACACAAAUUUGAUGCUCGAGUGCUGGAAUUUUUAAAAGCAAAGUAGAAAAUUGAAGAGGAUCAUCUUAGAUGUAGCCUUACAGACUUUUCUGGUAAGAUUAGUGAUUAUAAUCUUCAGGGUUACUUUGGUAUGCUAGUGAUACAAGGAACACAAAUUCUUCGCAAGGAUAGCUAUUUCUCAAUUUCUUUUUAUGAAUUCAUAAUUCAAGCUGUUUUACACCAUUGUGUGUUGCCUGUACAGUGUAAAUUAUGCGCCUAGUAUUUGCUCCAGCAAUUUUAACUAUAAACCAGAACCAUUUGGUGAGUCAAGAUGUUGGUUGUUUUGUGGCUUUUAAAUAAUUAAAGUGGUAAAGCAUUUGUUUUUUAGAGCUAAAGUUGAGGAGGUGAUUUUUUUUUCAGUAGCAGAACUUAGUCCAGAAAAAGAAUCUAUAUUGCUUUUAAGAAAUAUUAUCAGCAUGAGCAUGGUAGGACAUGAUACCUUAUAAGAAGUUGAAAAGACAACUCAAUAAGUUGUACUAGACCAGCAUUUCUCAAUCCUAGGGGUCCUGGGGAUAUUUUAAGGAGAUCCUGGGUGACAAUCACCUAAAUAGGGUCAAUUGCCUGAGACUAGGGCAAUUGUCGUGUCCUAGAGAGGAUCAGAAAGGGGCCACGGUUAGAAAAAGGUUGAGAAAGACUACUGAAUAGUAUGUCACAUGAUGCUAACGAAAUUUGUGUAAUUAACUGAAAAGCAGCCAUUUCUCUAGGUUGAUAAUUAAAUAUCACAAAUAUUUGACUGUCUCAUUAGUGAGGUUGUAAGUGAUGAAGUUGAAGAAAACUUUUGUUGCUCUUUGGAACCUUCCGAGAGAAAGGCCAAAAUUUAUGCACAGCUUCAUAUCCGAAAACCAAAAGGGUUCUGUCAUCUGUACUCCUUGCCCAUCUGGACAUACUCCUUGUUCUCGCUGAUACUUUCCCUUGAUUAGUAUAAGAAAAUCUAGAAGUUGAUGUUACAGCACACAGAGAGGUGCCGAUUUAAAAUAUAAAACCCAGAAGCUUGGAGAUGAAACUUUAUGAUGAUGAUAACAAAAUUGGUUGCAUUCUGUUUAUGUUUUUUUUUCAAACACUCAAAAUACAAAAUUUGAAUAAAAAGCAUAUGAUUCGUGACUAGAAAAAACAACUCCUGUUUAUCGGAGGAAGAGUUCUCGGCAGGAUAUUGAAUUACAAGUGCUUUGCUGGAGAAUAAAUAGGAAAAAGCAAGGGCAGACUUGUCACAUACGCUGGAGGUGAAGAAUGGCCACAGAUUAGUAGCCCGUUAGCAGACAUCAUUCAUAGCAUGAACAAAUUUCUGAAAGAUCUUAAGAGAACAGGGUUUUUCUUUUAAUGACGGGAUUCUUUCAUUAAAAAAGGAAGUCAUUGGAACACUCGUAUUGCUGCAGGAGCUCUUAAAAUAAUUCCACAUCCUCUGAGUUUGAGACUAAAGAAGAGUAGUUACAAAUCUCAAGUCAUAUUAAAACUCCUUGACACUGCACAACCCAGUUAGCGUUUCUCUGCCUUUCCUCAGCGCUGGGGACUGGGGGUAUAACAGA